UUCUUUUCUUUUCUUUUCUUUUUUCUUCCAUUUUUUCUUAUGUCCGAGCUUAGGUGUUUACUGUGUACAUGGAGUCGAUCAAUGCCGCCAUGUUUGCAGAGGAGCGUUCGAUCGUUGUACUCGUCGAUAACACCUCUAGCCAUCGCGUCAACUCCCCGGGCAUGCUUACCGAGGACCUCUUGGUGCAUGCCCGGUUUCCGCUCCCGCAAGAUCAGUAAAUAGCGAGUGGUGUAUCUCCCCCCCAACACCACCUCAUUCAUCCAGCCAUUUGACCAAGGCUUUAUUGCAACUGCGAAGGCGCGGUAUCGAGUGAAGUGGUGGCGCAACUCACCCAGAUGUGGGAGGCGUGCAGCAGCCUGGCGAAGCUUCAGUGUAUGAAGCUUUCAAUAUGCCAGGUCGUCAUGUGGAUUCACGACUCCUGGUUCAGCAUCGAGCAGCACACCGUCGAGCAGUGCUGGUGGCAUGCCCGCUUCCUCCCCGCUUCUUGGAUGUCGGUGGAGGUGCAGACCGAGUCCCCAGCGCGUGACCCGGUUGACACGGACCCCGGGCUGGAGGCGCUCGCAGCUGUGAUUCCCCUCCUCCAGCUCGGACCGUCGGCGAUGGCGGAGGCGGAGUUCCUUGGGUCGACGAGAACCACCCGACGUGCGAUUUCGAGGGCUCCGACCCCCUUGCCGUCGUGCCCCCUCACGUCCCCCACACCGCAGUCACGUGCGAGCCUCCGUUUGACUUCACUGCGGGGGUCCACGCCCGGGCUCUCCACGCCGUAGCUCGGCGUGCGUCGGAGAUGCUCGUCGCCUAUGCCCGGGCGACGGGCAUUAGCUCAAAUGACCUCCGCCACCUGUUCGACAUCUGCAAUCCUUUGGUUGUCGAUAGGUUGGCGCGGGCAUCGGGGAAUGCUCUGAACCUCAACCUCCCCCCGCCCGUCCUGCCCCCUACCCCCGCCGCCGCCCUCGGCGACCCUGAUGCCAUCGUGGUGCGCCUCCGCCUGCUCCACGUGGCGGGGGAUUUGGAUGGCCACGCCGACGACUCCGACCUCCUCGGCUUCUGAGAUCGCCGGCUCACACGACUGCCCACCAGUAUCCCUAUCAUCUAAUGAUGACGCCCUUUAUGACCCUGCCCUCUGUUACUCUCCUCUUCCCCCUCAUUCACUCCUCUCUCCCCAGUUUCUCUAAUCUUCCCCAUGUUUCACUCUUCUCUCCCCUGUUUCUCUAAUCUCCUCACUAAUUCAUUCAUCUCUCCCCUGUUUCCCCAAUCUCUCCCUCGUUUUACUCUUCUCUUCCCUGUUUCUCUUAUUUCCCCACUGUUUCACUCAUCUGACCCUUGUUUCCCUUAUCCUCUCCCCUGUUUCUCUCAUCUCUCCCUUGUUUCCCUGAUCCUCUCCCUUGUUUCACUCACCCCCCCCCUAUUUCACUCAUCUCCCCUCUGUUUGCAUAACCUCUCCUCUGUUUCUUUCAUCUCAUCCCUCUUACUCUCAUCUCCCCCCUGUAUCACUCAUGUCUCCCCUGUUUGUAUAACCUCUCCUCUGUUUCUUUCAUCUCUCCCCUCUUUCUCUCAGCUCCCCCCUGAUUCACUCAUCUCUCCCCUGUUUCUCGUAUCCUCUCCUCUGUUUCAUUCCCCUCUCCCCUGUUUCUCUAAUCUCCCCCCUGCUUCACUCAUCUCUCCUCUGUUUGUAUAACUUCUCCUCUGUUUCUUUCAUCUCUCCCCUGUUCCUCUUAUCCUCUCCUUUGUUCACUCAUCUCUCCCCUGUUUCUCUAAUCUCCUACCCUGUUUCACACAUCUCUCCUAUUCCUCGCAUCUUUAUCCUGUGUCUCCUCCUUCCCCCAGCGCAUACCCCCCCUGUAUCUCACCACCUCUCAUCUGGUUCUCUCAUCUCCCCCCUGUCUCCCUGCCUCUCAUCUGGUCCAAUAAUCUCCCCACUCUCUCACUGUCUCUCUGCUAAUUCUCACAUCUCCCCCCUGUAUCUCACCUCUUGGUUUCACUUACCUCUCUUUCGGUUCUCUCUUCUCCCCCCUUUAUCUCAUGACUCUGUCUCAGUAUUCUCUAUGCUGGUUCUCUCAACUCCCCCCUGUAUCUCACCUCUCUGUUUCACUGACCUCUCCUCUAGUGCUCUCAUCUCCCCCGUGCAUGGCACCUGUAUGUCUCCUGGUUCACUCUAACUUUCCCCUCUAUUCACUCAUCUCUCUCUCUCUGUCGGCGCUUCUGCCCCUGUUUCACACAGCUAUUCGCUGUUUCUCGCAUCUCCACCCUGUGUCGCCUCUUUUCCCUGGAGCAUAUCCCCACUGUUUCACUCGUCUAUCUCCUGCGUCACACAUCUCUCCCCUGAUGCUCUCAGCUCACCAUUGUUUCGCUCUUCUCCCUGCUGUUUCUCUCAUCGACCCAGCGUGUUUCUUUCAUAAUACACCCUGUUUGCUCUCUGCCGUGUAUGUAUCCUAUUUCCACACGUUGCACUCUCCCUUAUUUCUUUCAUCCUUCCCCCCCGUAUUCACCGCCUACCCGCUGCUGUUUCGUCCUCGCCGCCAUUGCUUUGUACUGCGGUUUCGUAUUCGUCGCCCUCGUACUGUUGUUUCGUGUUCACGGCCAAGGCUUGACCCUGCCGUUUCGUGCAAGCAGCCAUGGCUUAACCCUGCUGUUUCGUGGUCGCGGUAGAGGCUCAACCCUGCUGUUUCGUGUUCGCCUGUACUCAUGGUCGCUGAUCAUUUCGAAACACUCUUAUCGCGUCGGACGAGAACAUCUGCAUGAAUGGCAUGGGUCGUUAUGCGUCAUAAGUCGCAAGAUUACCUAUACUGUCUUUUGUUGUAUAUCGUGCGAGUCUAAGCUAUGCUCGGUCGAGGGAGGGCAGUGUUCUUUUGUCGUUCCCUUGCUUUCUCAUAGUGCAACUUGAUGUGUGUGCUAUGGGAAGGUAGAGAUGCUGUUUGACAAUGCAAUAUGUUGUGCCUGUCGAGCAAAGGCCCAGUGUUUCAGACAAUGUGAUUUGGCAGUCGUGGUUGGAGGAUGGUUGGAUGUUCUGCUAGUUAUUGGGUUGCGUGUACUGGACAUGCCGGCCUU